CGAGGGCGAGAUGGAGGAGGUGCUGCUGGGGGCGCCGAGGGCCACUUGGAACGGAGUGACACGACCCCGGUUCAACCCCGCGGGAUCGCAGGUGGUCGCUGUCAGCUGUGCGGCGCCACGACAAGCCCUCGUAUUCGACGUGCGUACGGCAACCCGUAUCGCCGUACUCGACCCGCCGGCGCUACCCACCGCUGCUACUGCCACUAUCGCCGCAACUGCUGGCGGCCCUUCCGCCAUUGGAGCCCGUACGACACUCGCUCUGUCCGGAUUCGGUGGCGGCAUUGGAGGUGUGGGUGGUGGUGGGAUGGGCGGCGGAGCACCUAAUGACCCGCGGAGGCCGGGGGGCCGAGCGCAUGCGUCGCUGUUCUCCGCCGCCGCCUGCUACAGCCCCACUGGGGAGAUGUUGCUGUGGGGCAACUGCCUGUACGACCUGAGAUCUGUAACCGCCGUACAUCAGUUUGAUCAGUUUACGGAUAUUGGCUCCGGAACCUUCCACCCGGCCGGCUUGGAGGUCAUUCUGAACAGUGAGGUGUGGGACCUGCGCUCGCUGCGGCUGCUGCGCUCCGUUCCCUCCCUGGACGGGGCCUCGCUGGCAUUCAACGGCGCGGGGGAUGUGCUGUACGCGGCCCGCCGCCAGGCAGACGAGCCCUUCUCGCAGCUCUUCCACCCCCGCCGCGCCCGCCACCCGCUGCACGCCGCCUUCCGUACACUCGACGCGGCGUCGUACGGCGACAUCGCCACUGUGGGGGUGGAGCGCGUGGUGCUGGACCUGGCGGUUGAGCCCACCGACUCUCUGGUUGCUGUUGUGGCGCUGGAUGCUGCUGACGAGGAGCUCAGCUCGGCUGCCCGGGUGUACGAGGUGGGGCGCAUGCGGCCGGCGGAGGAGGACAGCGAUGCGGAGGAGGAGGAGGACGAGGACGAGGAGGAGAGCGAGGGGGGCAGCGAGGAUGAGGAGGAUAUGGAGUUCGAUGAGGGCGUGUUCGACACCCCGGCUCCCGCAGCAGCAGCAGCAGCAGCAGGCAGGCGGCGGCAGCAGGGCCGCCCCGACAACCGCGGGCAGGCUGCUGGUGCUGCAGCUGGCGGAGGUGGAGGUGCAGGACCUGCCGCCAGACGUCUGGUGGCGGAGAUCUUUGGUGGAGAGGGAGGUAACGAGGAGGAUGGAGAGGGUGAAGGGGAGCUGGCAGGGGCCGAGGGCGAGGAUGAUGAUGACGAUGCGGAUGCAGAUGAUGCGGAUGAUGGGUCGGAUGAUGAGGAGAUGGGGAUGGCGAUGUUGGAGGAUGCAUAUGCGGCCCUGGAGGAUGCAUACGGGGGCGGGGAGGAUGAGGAGGAGGAUUUGAUGAUGGAUGGGGAGGAUGAUUUUGAUGAUGAG